UUUCUUUUCUUUUAUGAAGUCUGAAAUCUUAAUUUUCGGAAAUUCUGAUAAAUUGCGGGCGAUAGCGGGGGUGGGCAAAUGGCGGGAGCGACCUCAUCAUGUAUCUUCUGCCAGAUUGCCACCAAACCCACUUCCACUACUCUCCUUCACUCUGAUGACAAGGUGGUCGCGUUUCAAGAUAUCAACCCUUCCGCUUUCAGGCAUUUCUUGGUGAUUCCUGUGGAGCACAUUCCAACUGUCAAUGAUCUCCAGAAGAGAGAUGAAGAUUAUUCUUUGGUUAAUCACAUGUUGAAUGUGGGGAAAACACUACUACACCAAGAUGCACCACAGUCAAAGCAGUACAGAUUUGGCUUUCAUCAGCCUCCAUUUAACAGUGUUAACCAUCUACACCUCCAUUGUUUGGCAUUACCAUUCAUACCCAAAUGGAAACGUGCAAAAUACAUGUCUAUAGGACCCCUUGGGUUUAUUGAAGCUGAGAAGCUGCUGGAGAAAAUAAAGCCUUCAUAAGCAUUCACUCCUUAGGCUCUGAGACUGUCUUCUUUACAAAUUAAGAGCUGUUUGAUUGUUACCUAUGAACCGAGUUUCCAGCUAUCCCAGUGGCUCCUUGGAUAUAUUUCAAUAGAUCUAACUGUUGAAUGUGUUGGGGGAUAAAAAGAAAGAAUUACAACCCAGCUGCCAUCCCAUGGGUCCUUUUGUUUAUUUUACCUUGUUAUGCUUAUGCUGAAGGAAUUUAUUCCCCCUCUUGAUGGAGAUUAGUGAAUGUUUGGAAA